AUGAAGCCGGCUCGGCUCGUGCUUCAAGCUGGGCGACAUGGUUUCAAGGCUGGCACGGUCCGCAGCUUGCGUCCCAGCAGUUGUUGCUCGGUAGUCUCUCAUGGUGGCCUCUCAUGGGAGAGACGCACCUUUGCCUCGUCCCGUGAGGAGCACGCAUCCGCAACCACAUCCGCCUUGCGGAGCCUGCUACGAGUCUCCGAUGAGGUGGCCGAUGCCAUCAAGCACGACAGACCCGUCGUCGCUCUAGAGUCCACCAUCUACACCCACGGAUCCCUCGGCGACAAUCUGGCGCAGGAACACGAGGAGCUCGUGCGCAGCCACGGCGGCAUUCCCGCCAUCGUUGCCAUCGUCGAUGGCGUUCCCACCGUAGGCGCAUCGCCAGGGGAGAUUCUCCGCAUGCUGGCGGACAAGGGCACGACCAAGGUUUCGCGCAGGGACAUCUCUUACCUCGUGGGCAUGGGCCUUGCCGGUCGCAAGCAUCAUGGCGGCACCACCAUCUCCGCCACCAUGCUCCUCGCCCGGCUCGCCGGCAUCCGCGUCUUCGGCACCGGCGGCCUGGGCGGCGUUCACCGAGGCGGCGAGGACUCGAUGGAUGUAUCUGCCGAUCUCACCGAACUGGGUCGCACCAGAGUCGCCGUCGUCAGCAGCGGUUGCAAGGGCUUUCUCGACAUUCCCAGGACCCUCGAGUAUCUCGAGACCCAGGGCUGCUUGGUGUCCACCUUUGCCGACGGCCGAACCGGCGCUGUUGACUUUCCCGCCUUCUGGGCCCGAGACAGCGGCGUCCGGAGCCCGUCCAUCGUCCACACCGAACGGGAGGCCGCCGCCAUGAUUCUGGCCCAGGAGCGGCUGGGUAUCGAAUCCGGCCUCCUCCUCGCCAACCCCAUCCCGGAGCAGUCUGCCAUUCCUUCGGAUGAGAUGAAGGCGGCCAUCGACCAGGCCACGCGAGAAGCAAGUGAGCAAGGGUUCACCGGCAGUCGCAACACGCCUUUCGUCCUGCAGAGACUGAAGCAGCUGUUGGGGGACAAGGUCGUCGUCGCCAACAAGACUCUGGUGAACGCCAACAUCAUUCGGGCCACAAACAUAUCGGUCCAACUGUCGCGAUUGUUGUUGCAGGAGUCGACGACGAGCUCACGUGCAAGUGAAGUUGCCAACAUCCCCGAGAAUCCACCCUCGCCCCGACGAACUGCUGCGGACGCCAAGAAGGCCGACAUCCUCGUAGCCGGCGCCGUAGCCGUUGACCUGAGCUGUGACUUUGCCGGUACUGCCCCUGGAGAAACCGUUCCGCGGUCGCACACGUCGAACCCGGCUCGUAUUCGCCAGUCCGUUGGCGGCGUAGGCCACAACGUCGCCCUCGCCUGUCACCUAGCAAGCCGAGACGCGCGCGUGCAGUUUUGCAGCAUGGUAGGCGAUGACGUGGCUGGGUCGACCGUGCUGUCCUCGAUGGAGGCGUCUGGUCUCGACACGACACUUGUCCGGAAGCUGGACCUCGAAUCACACCCGGGAAGUCGCACGGCGCAGUACGUCGCUGUAAACGAUGGGGACAGGAACCUCGUCGUGGCCAUGGCUGACAUGGGAAUCCUCGCGCAACACGCCUCGGCCGAGCAGCGCGAAUCUGCCUUGGUGGCGACGACGCCCAAGUGGUUGGUCGUGGACGGUAACUGGAGCGCCCAGGACAUCAGAGCUUGGGUCAAGGCCGGAAAGGAUCACGAUUCCAACGUCGCCUUCGAGCCCGUGUCCGUGGCAAAGUCGAAGGGCCUGUUCUGUCCGCAGAAGGGCGUGCCGGGCUUGGACGUCUUUCCGACCCCGAGCGUGGACCUGGCGUCCCCCAACGCGUACGAACUGACGGCCAUGUACGGCGCUGCCAAAGAAAAUGGAUAUCUGGAGCUCGGAGGCUGGUUCGACAUCAUCGACGCGUUUGGCAUGCGAGGCGCCAGGGACAGAUUUGUCCGCUUGACUUCUCGCGAACUCACCGACGCCGGCGUACCGGUCCAAUGCGUCAAUCUCCUCCCCUAUAUCCCCACGAUUGUCACGAAGCUCGGACCCAAAGGUGUCCUUCUGGCAACUGUCCUCGGCCGAGACGACGCCCUUCUCCGGGAUAGGGACGCAGAGGAGUACAUCUUGGCGAGGGCGGCACCCAAUCACCCCACCGUCGGAGGCAUCUACAUGAGGCUGUUCCCCGCCGCCGAAAAUCUACAAGAUAUCGUGUCCGUCAACGGAGCAGGUGAUACCUUUCUCGGUGUUUUGAUGGCCGGGUUGGCACAAGGCGGAAGGGUAGAGAACCUGGUGGACGUUGCCCAGAGAGGCGCCGUCCUUUCACUCAGGUGCGCAGAGUCGGUGAGCCCAAAGCUGGGCCAGCUGAGGGAUGAUGUCGUUAGAGCGUCAACUCUCCUGGCAACCCCGAAAAUGGGGACAGAAAAGGACCAAUGGCGCUCCGGAGAGGAGGAAUCCGACAGCGACAUGUCUCGGGACAUUAGCGAGGACGACUUCAUGCCCAACGAAAAGUCGACGGCCAUGUUUGACAAGGACUCGGACGAGGAAGAGCUUGAACUGCUGGUGCUGGGCAACAAGACGGGCUUCCGUGAAAACUUGGCCAAGCAUGGCGGGAUUUUCGGCCACGAGGACGCUGACAUGGAGGAAUCGGCGGAUGACGAGGAUGUGGCCGGUCUGGAGGCCAUGGACGAUGCCGACCUCUUCAUGAUCGACACGGGCGCUCCAGGUGCAGCGGCAGCAGCCGCCAAAUCGGCGGUGGCACCAAACAUGAUGAAAAAGGGCGAUACCCCUCUAUGGGAAGAUAGCGACGACGAGCGGCUGGCCAUUUCACUCGCGAGCGCGACGAGACUGCGAAAGCUCCGGAAGACCGAGGCAGAGGACUUUGUCAGCGGCACCGAAUAUUGCAGGCGAUUGCGGCAGCAGUACCUGCUGCUGAAUCCUGCGCCAGCGUGGGUGACGCGGUCAGAGGCCCGCCCGGCCAAGAGACGUCGCCGCUCCUCCGCAAGCUCCGCAUCCUCGAGCGACGACGAUGACAACACCUCGGCGACGCCGCUGGAACAAUUCCUUCGCGACGUCAACCGGCUGGCUGGCGCGGGUGCGUCUGGGAAGCGAUUGCUGCGACCCGAGGUGAUUGACAUACAAAGGACGCGAGAGAUCCCCGACGCGCACGAAGGUCCCGUGUGGCGACUAUCGUUCCAUCCCGAAUACCCCGUUCUCCUGUCUUCCAGCGCCGCAGGCAUGAUGUACCUGCAUCACAUUUCUCCCGACGCCCAGCCAGCGAACCCGAGGCUGACGUCGGUUAUGGCCAAGGGUGUGGAUGUGCGCAUGUCGCAGUUCCUUUACCCGCGAGGCGACAAGAUCUUCUUUGCCGGACGUCGAAAGUACUUUCACCAGUGGGACCUGCCCUCCGGCGUGGUGCAAAAGGUGUCGCAGAUCCAGGGCCAGGCAAAGGCGCACAAGAGCAUGGAGCGGUUCAGGCUGAGCCCCUGCGGGCGAUACAUGGCCAUCCAGGCGUCGAGCAGGAAGGGCGGCGGCGAGCUGAACGUGUUGAGCGUCGCAACGAUGCAAUGGAUAUGCAACGCCAGGUUGCAGGGGAACAACGGCAUCGCCGAUUUUGCCUGGUGGAGCACGGGGGAUGGCAUCACGAUCCUCGGAAGAGGUGGUUCGGUUGGCGAGUACAGCAUGGAGAGGAGGGCAUUCCUCGGCAUCUGGCAAGACGACGGAAGCGUGGGCGCCAUCGUCGUCGCCCUCGGCGGCCACCAUGGUCCUGCCGCCCUCGGCGACGAUCGAUGGGUCGCCGUCGGUUCCAACACCGGCAUCACCAACAUCUACGACCGCAACGAGCUCCUGGACGCGAGCAAGCAAACCGACGUGACGAUCAAGGAGCGGCCGACACCGAAGCGGGCAUUCGAGCAGCUCAUAACACCCAUCACGUCGCUGGCCUUUUCGCCGGACGGCCAGAUUCUCGCCUUUGCCAGCGACAAGAAGAAGGGCGCGCUGCGGUUGGCGCACCUGCCAAGCUGCGCCGUGUAUCGCAACUGGCCGACGCAGCAGACGCCGCUGGGUACGGUUUCGGCCGUGGCAUUUAGCCGGGAUAGUAGCCUGUUGGCGGUGGGUAAUUACGUCGGCAAGAUCAAGCUGUGGAACAUACGGAGCUGA